AUGCAGUUCCUUACCCUCUUCUCUGCUAUUGCCCUCAUCUCUGGCGCCAUUGCCGGCCCCGUCGUCCAGGCUCGCGACGAGAACACUGUCCUCGCCUACAAGGACGAGUGUGCUACCGACGGAAGCUACGGAUACUGUGACGAAGGCCUCUACUGCAAGGCCGAUGUCACCGAGGACGUCGGCAAGUGCUGCGACGCGGACGCUGGCUGGGCCAUGUGCUAG